AUGUCGUCCAGAGAAGCGACAGAAGAUGAUGCACUGAUAGCUGCUUCCCGGAGUGGGGCAACGGAAGAAGAAAUUUGGGAAGAAGAACGCUGCCAUAACCAUAACCUGAAACUUGCAAAGGGUCCAAUAUUGGUCUCCCUUUGGUUGGGCUCUUUCCUAGUUUCGAUUGACGGAACGAUAGUGGCCAACGUCACUAAUGCUAUAGCUGCCGAAUUUCAAGAAUCGGACAAGAAACAGUGGAUAGCGACAAGCUUUCUGCUGACUAACACUGCCUUUCAGUGCCUCUAUGGGAAACUGUCAGACAUCUCGGGCCGAAAAUUCGCGCUGCUCACAGCCCAGUUGUUCUUUGGAUUGGGGUGUCUUUUGACCUGUUUUGCCAGGAACGUUACGGAGUUUGCGUUGGCCAGAGCUGUUUGCGGAAUUGGCGGUGGUGGAAUCAGCGCCAUGAGCAGCAUCACCGUUAGCGACAUAUGCACGGCCAAGGAGAGAGGCAUGUACCAAGGCUAUGCCAAUAUAGUCUUUGGCACCGGUCAGCUUCUCGGAGCCCCAUUAGGAGGAAUUCUGAUCACCACACUGGGCUGGAGGCCUAUUUUCGCCGUUCAGGUUCCAAUGGUGCUUCUGUGCAUGUUUUUGGCUAAUCGCAAUGUGAAUGUGGAGCUCGCUCACCUGGAACCGCUUGAAAAGAGGUUUACGCUCAAGAAUUUGUCACGUUUGGAUCUACUUGGAUCAGCCACGUUAGUUGCAACCAUCAGCGGGAUAUUGUUUUUGUUUUCGAGUAACUUGAAUAAAUGGGCAACUUUGAUAGGAACGUUGAUCAGCUUUGCUCUAUUCUUGUACAAUGAGAAAUACUGGGCCUCUGAACGCAUAAUCCCCUUUGAUCUGUUGAAGGGAACUUUUGGACUCACUUCUUUGAUAACAAUACUGUCUGCUUUCAUCAUGUUUGGCGACAUCUUCAGAUCGCCUAUCUAUCUGCAAGUGGUUCAAGAUAUAUCAAUAACGAAAAGCGGGGUUUUCAUUCUUUUUGGAUCCACAGCAUGCGCGGGCUCGUCUUUGAUAACUGGCUACAUCAUUAGACACACCAAGAUGGAGCUUGUUAGGUGCACGUUUUUGAUAGUUCUUGCUGCAGUGCUCAUGCAGCUAGUUGGAGUCGUUCUGAAUACUUUAUUAAUCGCUAAUCUCAAACCAAACGAGGUUCAUUUUGCCGGUGCCAGUGAACUUGUUGCGCCCUUGGCGUUCGCUUCCCAAGGACUGACCUGGAAAGUCAUUUAUGUCGUCUCCACAAUCUUUAAUUCCUUUGGAUACGGUUGCCUCCUGGUUUCGGUUCUUGUCAGUAUUGUCUUCACGGUACCCAAGUCUCAACAAGCCACACUGACCGGUAUUUUCUAUCUUUGGAGAUCUAUUGGUAGUGUUUUGGGUACGUCAAUCACCCUGACUACAUACGACCUUUCUUUGGUUUCCAAGCUGUGGACCUACAUGGAAUCUCAUGGCCUAGCUAAAUCGUACCCGAAGCUAUUGCGCGAUUCAGGAUACCUCAGGUACCACUUUUCCGGUCAAACUUUGAGCUCGCUCCUGGACAUUUACCGCCAGUGCUUUGUAUGGUCCAACUAUCCCGGCAUAACCAGUGGUGCCGCUGCUCUGAUUUUAGCGCUCUACUUGGUACGCAUCCGUCGUUCUACCAAGGAGUGA